UAUAAAUACGGGGGAGUCAAUCUGCAUCCUGGGCGACUCUCCUAUCAUCACAGAGGCUAAAUCUCUUACUUCUUCGUUUUCCGCGAAAAUCAAUCGGAAGAUGAAGCAUUGGGUCUUCAAGGCAUCCGCUGUUGCUGCCCUGGCGGGCGUGACGUCUUCCACCAAGUGUGCAAACCCUGCAACCCCUAUCGCAACCGGACCGAAACUUGGCGCCUACAAUACAUCGGCAACCAUCCCCUGGGCGACGCUUCAAACCUUCGAUUCGGCCAACCCGUCCGUCGACUUUACACUCUACAAUCCGGGCGCACCCGCAGAUGCUCAAGGAGCUCGUUUCACCAGAUGCGCGGUGGACACGGGAUCGACGUCGCUUGUCCUGCCUGCACGAAGGCUCGACCGAGAGCUCUAUGAAAGCUCCACCGAGCAAGGGUACAUGUUCUACACAUCGAAUGACCGGUUGAGCAUCGGCAAGUGGAUGAACCAGACGAUCGUUUUCAAUACCACCUCCGCGAUCCAAUUGAAAGGCACAGUUCCCGUGCUGGCCAUCGCGCGCCAAUGCAUCUGCCACGGCUGGAAACUGCAGGAAGAUGGGUAUGACUGUCCUGACAGCAAGCGGCAGGGGCCCUGGAUAGAGCGGAACAGGAUCGGGAUCUACAUGAUGGGCGUAGGCUUCGGCUCCAAGAGCGAUCCGGCCGGGGUCUUCGGAUGGGACAAGAACACUUUUCUCAACGUUCUGCCCGAUGACGCUCAUCCCGGCCCCUUCCGUAAAGGGUGGAUAUUGGACGAGACCGGCGCCACCCUCGGAUUGACAGAACUCAACACCGAUCGGUUCCUCUGGGCACCGCUCCGACGGUCGUACCCUGAUGCUACCCUCGACUGGCAGCGCCUCGAGGGAGUCAUCAAGGUGAACGACCUCCCUGAGCUCAAUUCAACCUCCACGCUCAUCGACUCGGGUAUCAACACCAUGAUUCUGACGGCGCCUGCUGACUACGCGGUCCCACUAAACGAGGAAGGCAAUAUCACCCUUGGCACACACAUCAACGUCAAGUUCGGGCCUCGGCAUGCCCAUAUCGGUGAGAUCACAUACACGAUUGGAUCCCAAGCUCCGUAUCAACCCGCAAAAGACACAACCAUCAAGCCUCGCAUUGGCGUGGAGGGUCCUGGAAUCGGCCGAGUGAAUACCGGGAUUCGGGCCAUGAAGCUUUACCAUCUGGCGUUUGAUGCGGAAGAAGGAUUCUAUGGCAUGCGCAGGCGCGAAACGUAGCAUCAUACCCCAUUCUAACUUCGUUACAAUACAAAUACAAUCUGUAGACGGAUAUUCUUCCUUUCAUAGUCAUAGGCAGAAUUCCAUCACCAUGAGCGAUUAGUAGGACCAGUUCACAAAGUCAGACCAGUUCUCUCGAAAGGGUGCUACAAAGCGCUGAGAACGGUGUUUGCACCUAAGGAGGAGGGUGAGCGGCUGAGGAUUCUCGUAAGGAGUUACGAGAGUUUGACGCUCGCUUCAUGA